UUUCGGGAAUUAACAAGCCUUUUCCUUUUCAUUCCUUUCCAAGUCGUCCUAGUGGCUGAGUCGAUUUGACCUGUCUUAUUUGACGAGCAGGACUGCUGUUAGCCUCGGGAAGUCUGCAAUGAUUUAACCCCGAAAGACACCUGAGGUUCCACAUUCCAAGAACUGACCUGCGUUUUAUCCAGAAACUUUCCAAAAAACAAUGGCCAGACUAUUGCAAGCUCCACCCAAGUUUCUUCCCACAGAAUGGGACAUUGCAAACAAGAUGCAGUGUGCCAGUACAGAGUCUCAGAAAUCCAGGUCAGAGCGCACAAUAGCUGAGAGUCGGAGGCUGCUGGAUGAAAUAGAAAAGACAACUCAGAAAACUCAAAGUGAUGUCAACAAGAAAAUAGAACAGAGACAGGAAGAAAUAAAAUUCUGGAGGCAAGAAUUAGAUAACAAACUUGAACAAAUUGUUCAUGAGACAGAGGUACUGUUGACUUUCAAGACUAGGCUGGAGAAAUCCUUGGAGAGCUGCAGAGAGCCACUUGUCAUUGCACAAAAGUGUCUCCUGAACAGGCAGAGGCGAGCUGGGAUUGACUUGGUGCAUGAUGAAGUGGAACAGGAACUGGUGAAGGAAGCUGAAGUCCUCCAGGGGGUUAUUGCUUUGCUUGGACGUACAUUGGAACAAACCAAUGAGCAAAUCAGACUAAACCGUUCAACAAAAUACAACCUGGAAAUGGAUCUGAAGGACAAGUUCACAGCUUCGAUGAUUGAUGAUUACUGUGCCAGCCUGACAAACAACACUCCUGAUAUCAGAUAUGCUGAUAAUGCAGUGAAAAUAGAAGGAAAUUUUGUUAGCCCUGAAGACUGGAUAGAUUUCUCAAAUAUAAAUGUCAAAAAGGCUGACAAGCAGAGAAACAAUUCUUUGGCACUGAGGGCGCUGAUUGAUGGCAUCCUCUCACAGACAGUGAAUGACAUGCGCAAGCAAUGCGAGAUGGUGAAUGUCGCGUUUAGAAAUAGGGUGAUGGAAGUCAAGGAUGCUAAGCACAAGCUAGAGACACUCCUUGCAAUGGUGAUGAAUGAGACUGCCUCACAGGAGAAGAACAUUGCAGCCUUAAGGAAAGCAAUCGCUGAUAAAGAAGGACCUGCUAAAGUGGCUCAAACCCGCUUGGAAGCAAGAAACCAUCGCCCCAAUGUGGAAUUGUGUUAUGACACAGUGCAAUACAGGCUGAUUAGUGAAGUUCAAGAGAUUACAAAAAAUAUUCAAAGAUUAAAGGACACACUGGCACAGGCUGAGACAGAGCUAAAAGGUCUGAGACGCCAACAGCUUUCCUUGGAGGAGGAGAUCCAGCUCAAGGAGAAUACAUUGUACAUUGAUGAAGUACUCUGCAUGCAAAUGAGAGAGUCUCUUUACAUUAACAACUUCUGAAGCCAUCAUACUGGCAGAUUGUGUGCGCUCCAAAGAGCCAGCUCCUGCUGAAAUUUUAUUGACAAACCUCCAGAUUUAUUGGGUUGGCUCAAUGCUGUCCUGGUUCUAGUUGUGCAAGGUAAUUAAAACAGACCUAGUACUUAGA